GCAAGAAAAUCUCUACUGUUUUAUUGUUUGUUUGGCAAGAAAGAAAAGAAAAGAAAAGAAAAGAAAAGAAAAUGGAAUUGGGAGGAGGGAGUAGAAUUUGGGUGGUGGUAAUGAUGUUAUUACUACUGCUAACAGUGGGAGCUGUGGGAGAGAAGCUUCAUAAGGUGGGGAAUUCUCAAGGAUGGAACCCCAAUUUUAACUACACCAAUUGGUCACUCUCCCAACAAUUUUAUGUUGCUGAUUGGCUGUAUUUUGCGUUCGACAAACGCUACUACAACGUUUUAGAAGUGAACAGAACGAACUACGAGAGUUGCAAUGAUAAAGACUUCAUAACCAACAUUACUAGAGGAGGACGAGAUGUGUUUCAGUUGACAGAGGCACGGCCCUAUUUCUUCCUCUCCAGUGGCGGCUACUGCUUUCAGGGAAUGAAACUCGCGGUCUCUGUAUCGGAGAGGACAGCUCCGGCGCCGGCGCCGGCGCCGGCCAAAAGUGGGGCCAGCCCCACAGCUUCCUACAUUUACCGCUCCCUUUUACUUUUCGUAGCCUUUUUUUAUUGGGUGAUUAAUUUAAGCUUUGAGUGAGUGAAGAAUAAUUAAUGCAUGUGGCUAAAUUCUUUGAAAUUUUAUUAGCUUUGGUUUGAAAUGUAGAAACUUCUGAAUUUGUUUUGUUUGUGCGAUUUUAGCCUUUUAGGCUUGUUUAUG